GGGACGUGGGUGACUAAUUUUACAUAAUGAGAGUCAACUUAAAGUUACUAACUAGAAUUAUAUCCGAUAUCACCGAUUUCCCGUUGUCGAUUGAUGAGAUGCGAUUUACUAUCCCACCAACAAUCUCCAUUAUUCCUACCAACCUCUUACCUGAUAGACCCCAAGGUUUGAAUAUACCCACGCAUAGUAUAGUACAAUCAAAUUCGGGCUGAGGUACUUGUAGAGUCGCAGGAUGACUUACAAGCGAAAGCGCACCGAAAAUGACAUCGCGUCCAGGUCGACGAUAACAAAACGAUCCCGCCAUACCGAGUUACCGGACCUGCUAUCGCCAUUACCGAACGAACUCCUCAUACGCAUUCUCACAUUCCUACCCCUUCCGGACUUGUUGAAUAUCGCGCCACUAUCGCGGCGCUUCUACGAUCUAUUCAGUGAUUCGCAGAUUUGGAAACGUCUAUAUUACGAGCGCUUUGUCCUUCCCCGCGCCCUUCGCAUCCCGGGAUUCCGUAAUGGUUCAGCAAGAGAAGGAAAACUCCACUACUCGUCGCGCAAGGCGGUAUGGGCAGACGGGAGAAAAGGAGGCUGGGUAGAUAUGCAUGUCGGCAACUUCGAAGAUCGUUCACGGGACUGGAAGAAGCAAUACAAGCUCCGACAUAACUGGUCAAAGGGAAAAUGCGCCGUCGAGGAACUUCAACUUGGACAAGAACAAGAACUAUCACCUCCCGAGACAAGUUCGCCGCAUAAGAUACUCGUUAAAAUUUCCGAAGGCAUUGCAAUCACAGCCGAUGUAGCUACAGGAUUACGGGCUUGGGACUUGAAGACAAAAUAUCUGCUGGCGCAAAUUAGUCUGGGUCAAGCUGACUCGGAAAUCGUGCCGAGCUGCAUUACUAUAGACGAUCAAGGGAUUCAAGACCAAAUUUUGGAGAUCGCAAUUGGUUUCUCCGACGGUAGCUUUGGGGUUUGGAAGCUGGACAUCCAACAAAGGAGGAUAUUGCGAAGAUAUCGCCACGAGAAAUCUACUAAUGGAGAGCUAAUCGGAGUUGCCUUUUCCUAUCCAUACCUCCUAACGGCAACCAAAUCCGUUCUUAUAUCCCUCUACACAUUCUAUAGACCACCUAGUACGGAUCGUUCUGGAAUCCAAGUACCAGACGGUGAGACCGCACUGGAUUCCGGGAGCGAAACGAUGCAAGACACGGACGAUGAGCAUAUUUUGAAAACCUCAAAGUCAAAAAUACGAAAUCCCGAACCGGUAAUUCUUCGAGCGCCAUACCUUUUAACAUCACUAAAAUCCCAUACGUCAAGAGCACCGUUGGCAUUAUCUAUUCGAAAGACAGCAGCAAGUACUGUGGCUUCAAUCGCGUACACAUUUUCGACUCUUCAAGGAUGGUCCUUGGGCAUACAAGAUCUACACUUGCGCCCUUCUAAAUCAAAGUCUACUCCGGACAUCACAGCCACCCGACUGGCAUAUAGUCUCCCCGUCCGGUCAAGCCCUACUCAUAUGCCAUCUCCACCUACCUCACCAGCUCGGCAUAUCAACCUUUCAUCUUCGUCACAAGACGAAGAAGAAUUAGAUGGACCUAUCAACCUAUGCUACACCCACCCAUAUCUCCUCGCAACCCUCCCUGAUAACACGUUAAUCUUAUACCUCUGUACGUCUACUGCGACCUCACUUUCUAUAUCGCGUGGCAUCAGACUAUGGGGGCACACUUCCGGUAUAAGUGAUGCUGAGAUAACGGCUCGUGGUAAAGCAGUCAGCGUCAGCUGCCGAGGAGAGGAGAUUAGGGUCUGGGAGUUAGAGGGCAAGGCACAUGGAAAGAGUAUCGAGAUUCGACCAACAUCCAAGUCUACAGUUGAUGUGGAAGGAAUAGACAAAACUCCUUCCAACGACUUCGCUGCUGUUGAGUGGGACGACCGGCGAAACUGGGUCGGUUUCGAUGACGAGAUGGUCAUUGUCCUUAAAGAGUCUAAAGGACGAGAGAGCUUAAUGGUCUACGAUUUCACUUAGUGAUACUAACACUAUUUCUCAAGCAUCAUGAGGACCACUACUAGGACCUUGAUGUUCUAAGUAGUGUAUUUAGAGGAUUGAAGAUACCCCGGAUGCAACAAUAGAAAGCCAUGAUCUACUUCGACCGAAUCCUUU